GAUCACUGAUGUCUUCUCAGUAGCCAUUUACAAUGAGCACGGUGACUUGAAGAGAGGAACAGAAACACCUGUUGAUUUUCUUUGAAAAGUCUACAAAGUAAGUUCAUUUUUGUGCUUUUUCACAUCUGUCUUUUAAGCCAUGAAUGCUAAACCUUCAGGAUGUUCUGUUCAUGUCUGGAUGCAAACUGAUGGGAUUGAAUGGGACUGCUGUGUCAUGCUGAUCUUUUCUGCUGAGUGGAGUCAGACAUGACAAGAAAAGCUUCUUCAGGACAAUCAUAUCAUGUGUUCACUAAAUAGUAGUAUAUUUUAGGUGUUUUACUCAAUGCACAACCCUUUAAUUUUUGUUCUAGCCUCUCCACACCAUUUCUGGAACAAUGGGGGAUCUCAGGCAGAAGAUAGGGGUCAUGUCUCAGACGAUAUGUGCAAGCUCCCAAGUUCCAUCUGUUGAGGACUUGAAGGCCACAAAUAAUGGAAAAGACGAAAAGAUGCAGUUGAAGAGGGAAAUCUCCCUCAUCAACGGUAUCUGCCUCAUUGUUGGGAACAUGAUCGGCUCUGGGAUCUUUGUCUCACCUAAGGGUGUGCUCAUGUACUGUGGCUCGUACGGGCUGUCCUUGCUGAUUUGGGCAAUUGCAGGAACUUUCUCAGUGUUUGGGGCUUUGUGCUAUGCAGAGCUCGGCACCACCAUCACCAAGUCUGGAGCCAGCUACGCCUACAUAUUGGAGUCGUUUGGAGGUCUCCUGGCUUUCAUCCGUCUGUGGACGUCCAUUCUGCUGAUUGAGCCGGCCAGCCAGGCAAUCAUUUCAUUGACUUUUGCUAACUACCUGGUGGAGGCUUUCUACCCCACCUGCCAGCCCCCAUAUGACUCUGUACGACUUAUAGCUGCAGCCUGUCUCUGUGAGUAACACCAUCUUUGUAUGAAUGAGUGUCACAGAUGGAUCUGUCUCAUCUCACAGGGUCAAACACCACGUAAACAGUUUCUGCAGUUUUUAUCUGUAAACUGGGUUUUGAUAUUAUAACAUGUUUACAGCAAUACAAGAAGUUCUUAGUUUACAGCCACUUUUACUCUAAUGCCUCUUUGGUCUCAGGCCAAGCCCCUAUGCCAUCCUGACCGCUCUUGUCUCACCUCAACAAGCCUUUAAUAAGCCUGAGUCAAAACAUAUGAACAAUCAGUGAGUAAGAUUAAGGCUGCUGUAAAUUAACCUCAUUCGUUAUCAUAUGUAAUCACAUUAAUGGUAGAAUUAAUGUGUUUGUUUUUUUUUUUGGUUUUUUUUCAAGAAAGAGCUCAUUAUUUCUACAGACGGAUCUUAUUUUAUCAAGGCAAACACAAUCUGCUGCCAUGUUUCUAAAAUAGCCCAAAUCAGAAAUCAUAUACUAUUGUUUUUCUUUUUAUUUCUUGUUUUUUGGACAAAGUUUUGAAAAGCAAUCUUCAACCUUGGAGCUAAGUAUUUAUGUGUCAUUUACAAAUUCAAUACCUGCCUAACCAUAACCCUAACCCUGGCCGCAUCAAGAUUGAAAUUUUGAGGAAAAAGUUGUGAAUUUUCCGGUAUAAAUGGUUGUAAAUUUAUGGGACAUAAAGCCGUAAUCUUGUUAGCGCGACAUGUCACAAUGCAGACAUAGUCAUAGAUAUGAUCAUAAAUAUCUAUACGUAUAUAUAUAUAUAUAUAUAUAUAUAUAUAUAUAUAUAUAUAUAUAUAUAUAUGUAAACAACAGUUUCAAAAGCAUGCUCAGGAUGUUUAUUAGCCUGCCCCUCUUUAUAUCAUACUGCGUUUCUUGUAUAAUCAGUUUUAAAUCCUUCUGACAACGUGGUGCUGAUACGCUGAAAGACAAAGUAUUCAGUUAUUUGCCACAUCUUCUUUACACUUUAGUUUAACUUGACAAUGACUUUAACUUAACAAUAUCGCCUAAGUUUCUGAGUUUUGUCUCCAAAAUUUAGGACACUGUUCCUGUAAAGUUAGGAUUAAAGGUGGCGUGAGUGUUACAACCUUGUUUUCUAUAGCUCUUUUUAAUGUCCUGUUAUUAAGUAUAAAGAUAUUGUGAUUGCAAGUAGUCAAGCUUGAUAUUUGUCCACGCAAACAAACAAACAAACAAAAAAAGAGGCAUGCAAGUUCUACAGUUUAGAUUUAUAUAAACAACAACCUCACUCUCCUAGAAUUCAAACCUGAGUUUAGCCUUAUCAGGCUAAAGUGCAUGUCAUUGGCCUCGACUCUCUGCUGCAUGUCUUUCUUGGCUCUUUAGUCUCUAUAUUUCCUCUCCCCUUUCAGCUGUCUUAUUUAGUGGAGGCACAAAGAGAAAAGAAAACAUGAAACUUAUUUAUGCAUUAAUUUGUCAGUGUUUAUAUUUUUCAUUUAGGAGUUUAAACUCCUGUUGGUUCCACUUUUAAAGAAUGAACCUCAAGUGGUGGAUUAGUAACAUAGCCCCAGCACAUAUUUAACUGUCCCUUAGUCCCAGUCCCUAACCCAGUUACCCUGUAUGUAUGUAUGUAUGUACAUAUGUAGGACUGGCAUCAGCUAUAGUUAGACCACCAGUCCUCUUAAAAUACCAGUAUAUGUUUAGACCAUUGCUUUGUGGUGGUGGUGUGGUGUUAGCAGACAUGGUAUUCAGGUUAGAGAUCAUAGAUGCAGGGAGUCAGACACUGCUGAUUUUCCAUGUCUGAGUUCUCAGAUGAAUAUGGCCUCUUUUAAGAUAGAGAGGAGAUGGUUAUAGAGCUUAAAACCAGGGCUGAGAAAUAGCAGCUUCAAUGACACAUCCAAAACAUUAGAGCUGACCUGUGGAUAUCUCUCUUGCUCUGCAGAAAAUACUUCAUUAUCAUAUCCCCCUGUUUUGUUCCAGGUAUGCUCAUCUUCAUCAACUGUGCCUAUGUGAAAUGGGGUACUCUGGUCACAGACAUUUUCACUUACGCCAAACUCAUGUCACUUGUCCUCAUCAUCAUCGUAGGAAUACUGAAAGCAUCCACUGGUAAGACUAGGUUAGAGGUAUAAAUACAACAGAGGUAACGCAAACAAACACUUUCACACAAUAUGUGUCUUAACCUUUGACUUCUCUUUGUUUAGGUGAAUCCAAGAGCUUUGAGAGUCCGUUUGAAGGCUCCUCCAAAGACCCUGGAGACAUUGCUCUCGCUCUUUACUCAGCUCUGUUCUCCUACUCAGGCUGGGAUACUCUUAAUUUUGUGACUGAGGAGAUUCAGAACCCAGAAAGGUAGCACACCGUCAUCACAAAACAUUCAUUUUGAGCCAAUUUCAUCCCAUGGGAUGAAUACUUCACAAUUUGAUAAAAAUAACAUUGAUGCUGAUCCAUCAAUGCUGUAAAUACGAAAUGGUUUUUAUUAUUGUUGUUGUUGCAGGAAUCUUCCUCUGGCCAUUGCCAUCUCCAUGCCCAUCGUGACCAUCAUCUACCUGCUGACUAAUGUAGCGUACUAUGUUGUUCUGGACGUGCCCUCUCUUCUGGCCAGUGAUGCAGUCGCUGUGGUGAGAGACACUCAGUCACCUUAGAGACAAAAUUCACCAGGCUACAGUGCUGUCCUGCUCAGGGACAGUCCACCUUAAAUGUUUUGCUCUCCAUCAUCAGGAAGUAUACAGUAGUUUUGAUUUCUUUCAGCGGUCUACUGAAAACAAAUGAGAUUGAAAGAGUGUAGUUUUCAAUAAUCCAUAUUAAUCUGCCUCCACAGACGUUUGGAAAUGCAGUCCUGGGGCCCUUUAAAUGGAUCAUCCCUGUUUCAGUGGCCAUGUCCUGCUAUGGAGGACUCAAUGCUUCCAUCAUUGCUGCAUCGAGGUAAUCAGAAAAUACAACACCAGUACCUUCUUUGCACCAGUAUAAGGGGUGUGUUGGUCAUAAAUUUCCGUCACUGUCAACUCUGCAGGUUGUUUUUCGUUGGGGCCAGAGAGGGUCACCUCCCAGACAGUCUGAGUCUGAUUCACCUGAAGAGAUACACACCCAUACCUGCUCUGCUGUUCAAUGUGAGGACUGUUUAUCUCACUCCAACACACUGAAAUUUCCCUCAAUCUUCAGUUUAACAAAAAAAAAGCUUUGUUUAAAAGAUGAAAACCUUUACUUUGUGCUGUUUUCCUGCAGGGGUUGAUGGGUCUGAUCUUCCUGUGUGUGGAGGAUGUCUUUCAGCUGAUCAAUUAUUUCAGCUUCAGUUACUGGCUCUAUGUGGGUCUGUCUGUGGCCGGCCUCAUCUACAUGCGCCUCACUCAGCCAGACAGACACAGGCCUGUGAAGGUGCUGUUUGUUUUAUCAUUCAAACUCACACUGAAUAUGACAGAACACACGGUUAACCAUAUACUGUAUCUAAACACAUUGCUGUGUACUCUAGCAAUUAAAGCUACAGUGAGGAGUUUUUUGAUGUUUAUGAAACAGACUGGAAUUUAUAUUGAUGCUUUUUUAUGGUAUCCAAAAACAAACAAGACUGUCAGCGACAAAAUUUAAAACGUUGAUAUCCUGGAUUUUUAAUGCCUGACAUUGGUGUAAAGGGCUAGAUGUCAGGCAAGCCACUAAAAAAAAUGCUGUUUUUACAAGAGGACAAGUUAAGCAGAGACUGCUUUGUCUAUGGGGGGGCGUCAAAAUUGACACAAACCAAAAGUUCCUCACUGGAGCUUUAAAGCUAUACUUGUUGAAUGAUGAGCAAGUGAAAUGCAGCGUGGUCUGCAGGGUGGAGCUGUAGGUCAAAACGCAACAUUCAUGAAAACAAACACAUUUCAGAUUUUUUUUUUUAAAUAGUAGAUAAACCCUUAUUGAGUCUUGUGAAAUGUUCUGUUUUGUAAAUUCUGCUUAUGAUUUAUGAAAUGUUGUUUUUCAUCUUUAUUUUUUGAUAUUAAAGUCAUCUCUACAAAAAAAAAAUUCAAAUUUGUUUGAAAUUUAAAGAUCAAUUUGGCUGAGUGGCAACCCCCCCCCCCCCCCCCCCCAUUAAAUAAAUAAAUAAAUAAAAAUUUAAUUUUAAGAUAUUUUGUCAAACUAAUCUGAUUUUUUUAUGUCUCUCUCUCUCUCUACAGCUGACAUUGUUCUUUCCCUUCAUCUACUGUCUGUGCAGCCUGUUCUUAGUCAUCGUCCCUCUGUACGGAGACACCAUCAACUCUCUUAUAGGAAUUGGCAUUGCACUUUCUGGAGUGCCGGUCUAUUACGUUGCCAUCUACCUGCCAGAGGAGAGGAGGCCUAGGUUCAUUCGCAAAUUCAACAGUAAGUUUCCAGCUUGAAUCCACUAAAGUCAGGAGUAGCCAUACUCUCAAUUAGGCUUUGUUUCAAUUUAUUAAAACACUUAAACUUAAACUUUUUCUACCAUUUCCCAAAGCGCACCAACAUGGAGUGGUUCUUUAAAGGGAUAUUCUGCCGUGAAAAUAAGUUAGGGUCAAACACGGCGUAACACCGAGUUAGACACCCCGUCGAGAGAUGAAUGUUGCCAACUGCAUGCUUCUCUAGUUAUACCAACUUUAUUAACAACCCCAGGAUAGCAAUACAGAGAGCCACACACUCAACCAAAAUCGCCACUCUAUAACCACAAAUAAUGCUCAGAACAGCACCUAACUUCAUCAACAGUAGAUAUAAGGUCCUAGCCAUAGCACUAGCCACCAAACAUCUUUUUAACUUUGCCUAAUUUCUUUGGCAAAGAGACUAAACACAACUCACCUACUCUCUUCCAGCAGCUGCUUGUGUACAGAGAUCUCAGGCAAGUCCAUUACCGCAUCGGGGUGACGCAGCUCAAGGAAGAACAUUUAUGAUUAUUUUUUCAUGGAAAUGAUAUCAGAUCGAGACACUAAGGCAGAAGAACUACAGCGUCUGCAGUGCAAAAUGAUUAAUAUGGUGAUUAUUACUUCAAGGAAAUGAUAAAGAAAUUAUCAUAAAUGUUCUUUCUUGAGCUGAUUCACCCCGCUGCAGUCAUUGAUGGACUAGUCCAGGGUCUCCCUAAAAACAAACGGCUGCUGGAAGCGAGUAGGUGAGUUGUGUUUAGUCUCUUUGCUAAAGAAAUUGGGCAAAGUUAAAAAGAUGUUUGGUGGCUAGUACUGUGUCCAGGACCCUAUAUGUACUGUUGAUGAAGUUAGGUGCUGUUCUGAGCAUUAUUUGUGGCUAUAGAGUGGAGUUUUGGUUGAGGUUUGUUUAUGGCUCCUCAGACCGCUGUGCAUUGCUAUCUUGUGGUCAUGACUUAGUAAGUUGGUAAAACUAGAGAAGCAAGCGGUCGGCAACAUUCAUCUCUCCACGGGGUGUCUAACUCAGUGUUACAGUGUGCUUGACCCUAACUUACUUUUAAGCUGGAAUUAAGAACAUUCAUGAAUCAGUUUAGUGAGUUAUGUACAUGUAAUCAAUAUACUUGUCAAUAAAAAGUACACAAAUAGGUUCACAUGCACAGUAAGUUAUUUAAUGCUCUUUUAACUGUGAUACAACUUUAGCAAGGGCAGAUACAGUUAAGGCUCACAUGCACUUCACUUGAAACAUGUAAUAGCAGCCAAUGUCAAUUUCAUUGUACCACCGUGUUGUAUAGUGAUGUAUUAAGCACGUUAAAAUUAGAUGAUUGUAACACACACAAUUGAUCAUCAAGGAUUUUUCUUCUUAUUCUCUACAGCCUCCUUCACCAGAUUCGCCCAAAAGCUGCUCUUCUGCUGCCUGACUGAAUUUGACACCGACAUGGUGUCACAAGCAGGCAGUAAAAGUCAGUGAGCUGCAGACAAACACGGCGGCUCAGUAACCAGCUCCCUCCUGGAGGCCUCAGCAUGUCCACGUUUUGACACUCGUGCUCCCUGAACACGGAGAAACAAACCUUUCAUAGACAGAGCUGAGAGGGAACUAGUGUGGCCUCAGAUCCCAG